CCUCUCUCUUUCUCUCUCACUUGUAUGAAUAGUAUGAACUGAGUUGCUUCCCCCUUUUUCGGAAAAAAAAUGUCUGCCAAACUCUAAAAACUAAGCUCUUUAGCAAAAGUCACCACCAACAUCAUCACCCUUUCAAGGUUUCUAGGAUUGAUCAAAACAAAGAUUGCAGGAAGAAACCCAUCAAAAAAAAAAAAAAAAAAAAAACUAUAGCUUAGCCCUACUAUAUAUAUAUACCUUAUAUUAGCUAUCGUUUUCCUCUUCUUCUAUACAAUCCUAAUCUUCUUCUUUCUCCAAAGCGAAGUCCUCUCUCUCGUUUCUUUGUUAUGGCAUUAUUGCAUUAUUGACUCCCAGGAGAGAUUUAGCUGUGAUUAAACACGUUUUGGGUAUCCACGAACAGUGACAAAUCAGCAGUCUUGACCUCUUUCAUUCUGGAAGUAACCUAAUACUGCUUCCUUCAAGCUUGUUGAACAAAAAUCCUUCAAGAUCACAAAAUAUGGAGUCGGUUCAAGAGUUUGAUAUCUCAAACACAAACACGGCAAUCAUAACAACUCCCACAAAAAAUCCCACAGCUCUCACCAUGAACACCUCCUCCACCUCAACUACAGUCUUGUCUUCACCGCCAUCAUCAUCCUCAACUUCUUCUCCCUCCACUCUCAGCCGCUAUGAGACUCAAAAGCGCCGAGACUGGAACACCUUCGGCCAGUAUCUCCGCAAUCACCGCCCGCCUCUUUCUCUGGACCGCUGCAGCGGGGCCCAUGUCCUUGAAUUUUUGAGGUACCUUGACCAGUUUGGGAAAACCAAAGUACAUACCCAGCUCUGCCCCUUCUUCGGCCAUCCGAACCCUCCCGCCCCCUGCCCCUGCCCACUGCGCCAGGCCUGGGGCAGCCUCGACGCGCUCAUCGGCCGUCUUCGUGCCGCCUUUGAGGAGAACGGUGGCAAGCCUGAGGCGAACCCCUUUGGAGCUCGAGCAGUCAGGCUCUAUCUGCGAGAAGUUCGUGAUUCGCAGGCAAAAGCAAGAGGAAUUAGCUAUGAAAAGAAAAAGCGAAAGCGCCCCCCACCGCCCCCGUCCAGCCUCCCGUUGCCACCUUCCAGUGGAACUGCAUGAAUGAAAGAAGAGGUCCUAAAGAUCUCACAUAAAUUAGCCUUUCAUGGGUAUGUUAUCCUACAUUAAUUUAUGUAUGUUGCAUGAUCAUCUUUCAGUAUUUUUAUGUCUUUCUAAAUUAUAUUUCAAGUAUGCUUAUUAAUUAGAUUGGGAGAUAUUACCACUGCUAUUGGCAUUGUAGAUGCCAUUUUCUUUGAUGAAAACAGUAAUGGUGGUGGUUUAUCUAUCGGUAGAAGUUGUAAUAGUUGCAGUACUAUUAAGAUGUUUAUGACUUAAACAUCCAAUACCUUGAAA